ACAGAAAGGAAGGAGUAGAGUGAUAGAGAAAGAGAUCCUCCUGACAGAUGGAGGUAAAAGGGGAGGAGCAGUGAGCGAGAGCGUUGAAGGGAGGAGGUUGAAGGGGCUGGGGGUCAGGUACACAGACAGACCUCAGCAUCCAUGGUGCCUGCUCAGACAGCUGAAGUCGAAGGAUCCAAGGAGUGAUGAAGGAUUACAGACACACCCCUCUCUUCAUCUUCAUCUUCAUCGUAUUUUAUGGAACUGGCCAGUCCACGCAAAGAGCAGGUCUGACCUGUGUGAAUGACUACGUGACGAACAUUUCGUGCGUGUGGUGGAACUCUACAGAUUUCUCCGGCCAGCAAUGUGAGCUUGUGGGGAAAAGUGAUACAAAAAGAUCAUGUGAGCUGGUGCCACUGAGCAGUCAAAGACAUCAUAAGAGAAGUUGUUCUUUGAAUUUUCACCAUCGUAACUUUUUUUUCAAGAACAAAAUCUGGUUGAAUGUAACCUGUAAUGGAUCAGCCAUUUUUGAACUGCAUUAUCAUCCUGCCAGACACAUUAAGACACAACCACCAGAUAAGCCCACUGUAAGCGGGGACAACAUAACUUGGAGUACAGGCAAUAACUUUCCAAAAUCCCUAAACUCUUAUGAAUCUCAGCUGCAGUUUAAAGCCGCAAAUACAAGAUGGGAGACGGCAGCAUAUGUGAAUGUCUCUCACGAAAGAUACGUGCAGCUGGACAUUAAUAAACUGACUGUAGGAGAAGAGUACCAGGCCAGGGUACGUGUGAAGCCUGAUGAGCCCCUAAAUCAGGGUUAUCUUCGGGGGGAAUGGAGCGACUGGAGUCCUGCUGCGUCCUGGAGGUCUGAGAUUGGGCUGCCAGUGAAAUCUUCAGUCACUGAUGAUUCUGUUGUUCUGAUCAUUGGAUUCCACAUAUUGAUUGUUAUUGCUGUGUUUUGUUUGGCCAUCUAUAAGUCAAAGAAAAGCAGCCGAUCAUUUAAACCGAACAAUCUACACGUACCAGACCCCUCCAAAUACUUCCAGCCUCUUCACACGGUUCAUGGUGGAAACUUCCGGAAAUGGCUGGGCUGUCAGAAUUCUGUCGGGCCGUUUCUUACCCCUCAGUCAUGUGACGAUAUCUCACCUGUGGAGGUCUCAGACUUUUGGGACGUGUCCUUGACGGAUCCAAAUGCUCGGAUGUCUGCUGCCGCGCUCAUUCGCUCCAAUCAGAUGGACUCUGGACUGGACAACAGCGGCACUAGUCGUCGAUCAUCAUCUGGUAUCUCUAACAUGGGCUACUUCUACAGCAAAUCCAACACAGGCUCUCUUCACCUCGAAACCUGCCCCGUCUACUUCACCUACCACCCCGAGGAAGGCACAAGCUCCACUCUCUCGUCCCCUGGGUCUUCAUACGAAUGUCUGCAAUCCCCAAGUUACCAGACAGAACAGCCCAUGAGCCCAGACUCAGGGUUCGACAUGCCUGAAGAGGACGAGCAAGAAGAUGAAGACAUCAGCGGCGCGGAGAGAUGUGCGGCUGAAGGACAUGCGCUGGUUUCCUUCAUUAUAUCGCUGUCACGGGGUUCCCAUGAUGCAGUUCGCCCAGCAGAGCGUUUCACUCCAGCGGCCGUCGUCACACCGUGGUCUGAACCUGUGAGAGCAUCUAGUUGCGUUUCCAGCUCUGAGUCUGCAGAGGGCGCUGGGAUCAGACCCUCCUCCAUGAUUGAGCCCAGCGGCAGUGGAUAUCUGACCCUGAAGGAGAUGCAGAAAUACAGCAACAAAUCCAUCUGAACCGAGGCCUAGUCCAUCUCUGUCUAUGUGUAUAAGUGAGACCAGGGUAGAAUAAAACUUAUUUUUGAACUUGAAACUUAUUCUGUACAGACAGAUAGAGUACAGUUCUAAUGUUUGGGGUCAGUAAAUGUUUUUGGCAGAAGCCUCUAGCAUUCACAUGUAUGUACAUAAAAUGUAAUUUAUUCCUAUUAGUCUUCAGUGUCACAUGAUCCUUCAGAAGCAUUUUUAUUAUUAUCACUGUUGAAAACUGUUUAUAUUUUAGUGGGACACCGUCUUAAUCUUCCAGGAUUUUGUACUGAAAAUACGUUUAUUUGAAAUAGAAAUCCUUUGUAACAUAAAUGUCUUUACUGUCACUGUUGAUCAGUUGAAUGCGUCCUUGCUGAAUAAAAGUAUUAAAAUGUGCUGACCCCAAACUUUUCAAUUGUAGUGUACCUUUUGAAGAUGAUUAAUAUUCAUGAAAAACUGUUUGAUUCCUUUGUGCAGCAACAUGAUAAGCUAGAUUUAAAGACAUCUUGAAUGUCAGUACCACUGUAAUAAGGACGAUACAAAGUAAGUUCCAGCUCAGAUAACAUGUUUUUGUGUGGAAAGGGUCAAGUUGAACUGAGUGUCAGAUGCUGAUAUGAACCCAGAACAUUCCUGUUAAGUGAUUGUUACGCUUUUGUUUGACGCAUAUGUGUUUAACACAUCUUGCUUUAUUGAUUUAAUGUUGUUUUAUUUAGCGAAUGUUAACUUUAACUGCUGGGGAACCUUUCAUGUUGCUUCCAUUUCAUAUUUUCAUUGGUGAAAUAUAAUUGGGCAAAAAUGAUUUAGCUGUUCAAGUCUCCAAUCUGAACACUUUCUGUAUUCAAAAUCGAGCGCAAAGCAUUUGCUUGAUUUUUCAGCUGCUAUAUUAAUGACUAUUUCAAGUUCAUCUGACUGCUAUGAACAUGGUAUAAAAGCUGCUUCUUUUUGUCAAAUGUGAAUUAUUUGUUUAGAACAGUAGUUGUUUUGACUGCACGGCAAAUCCAUCAAUACCUAAGCCUCGAGGUUGUUCGGGGGGAAAAUCCUAGAGAUAUUACAAUAUAUAUAUAUAUAUAUAUAUAUAUAUAUA